AUGGGGCGACAAGGGCCCCUGACCGCCCUAGCUCUGGGCAGGUCACCAUACGAUGAUGUUGUACAGGGCGAUGGCGAUGGUGGCGAGGGCGAGUCUUCGUCAACCCAGCAGUACGACGAGAAAGGACGACCGAUUAACCCGGAAACGAAACGACUGAAUCGCGAAAUUGUACGAUCGCAUAAUGAAGUGAUGCAUGUCAUUGGAGUCGCAGAACCAGAUCCCAACUCGAAUGAGAGUGAGGUGCAGUCAGCACGCCGCUACUUGUUGUACGAGCACCUCAUUGCGGAUCGCAUGGAGACGAUCGCCAACGGGCUCUCUGAUAUAGCGUACUGGACUUUUGCGGGGAUACGGCACCGCAUCAUGGUACGUCCCGCGCAGGUGUAUAAAUCGUUCUCGUCCGAGCCGUUCUGGAACCUCGCCAGAGUCUGCUGGCGUGAGGUUCCACGGCCUUUCUCGAGCCUUUUCCUAGCUGGUUUCCCGACGGAGCUUGCAUGGCAGAGCUUUGAAUUCCUACAAAUCAAGUACAUCCGGGAACGAUACCGUCCCAAUGUACUCCGAAGGAUAAUCACAUCCGACCUAGCGACCAAGAUCUACUUCAAGUUACCGCAUAUCGACGCCAUCGUAGACCCGCGAUCUCACCGGGACAUGUUACCAGGCCAAGCCGUACCCGGGGCCGAGGAGGCUGGCGCAACUCAACAGGCGCGAACCGAAGGCCUAGAGGAGGAUUCAGCAGCGCCACCAAGCGGGGUGUCGCGAAGGCCGAGUGCGUUCUCGGGACGAGGAGACGACUACGGGUCCGACGAAGAAGACAACGGGGCCAUCAGUGGCACGCUCAUCAGUUUCGACGUGGAAGCCACGGAAUCCACAGAUGCACCCCGGGCAUCUGGUCGGCCGAGCUCCGCCCCACAACGGGCAACGACGGGCGAUCUCCCAACGGGAGCCAGGCAGACUACCUCAAGAACGCGCUUACCCAGCAACCCCUCACACACGCGGCAACGCUACUGGGAGGGGCCGCGACGACGCUGCUCUAGCCCCGCUGGAAGCUAUCGCUAUGCGCAUGAUGGCACGAUCCUACGCGGUGCGCCUCGGGUUGCCGACGGGGAUAUAUGGGAGCCGUUCCUCCUGGGCACUACGAGCUGGCGGUGGGUGGCCAACUACCUAGCCGUGGACUUUGUCCAGCUCAUGCUGCAAAGCGAUAUCUGGGCCGGGGUGACGUACUUGGGCCGGUCAUACCAUCUCACGCCCGAGCAAUGGACCUCCAUGACGCCUGAACAGCAUGUGGAGCUCGUCAGGGAUAGGGAAUGGGAAGAAUAG